AUGCUCUAUCUCUUUUUCGUUUUCUCCAACUCCGCAAUAUUAAGAAGUGCUACAUCUGGUACUCUUACUAUUACCAAUACAAUCUUUCAGAAUUACGCUAAUGAUAGAGCUAUAAAUACAGAUCAAAAUGCAGCAUUAACGGUUUCUGACGUAACUUUUUUCAACUUUAGAGGAGGAUAUGCUCCUUGCAUUAAUGCAGCCGGAAGAGGCACAACUACAGUCACAAAAGUAUGUUGCCAGUAUUGUUUUGCUUCAGAUUCUUGCAGUUUCAUGAGACAACUCAAUAGCCAGUUAGAAAUGACAUAUACUAUGAUAUCUUACUGUGGAGCCGCUACAGACUAUUCAAAUAAUGAUGGUUUGAUUUUUGAAUCAUCAAGUGGUUCAACCAUCAAAUAUGUGAAUGCUUCUUCAAACAAACCAAAGUACUGCACAUUGAAUGUAUUAUACGCUUCUCAACCAGUCCAAUUUUGCGAGUUUAUUAAUAAUUCUCACGUUUAUCAAGCUCUUUACGUCAAAGGCGGUGUUACGGAAUGUAAAAACAAUAUAUUCCAUAAGAACGUAGGUAUUGGACUCUUUGUUGAGUCAUAUUCCAGUUAUUAUGUCAGAAAUUGUUUAUUCACUUUAAACAACAAUUAUGACAUUAAAGCUCAGUCAGCAACAGUAUACAUUGAAAGUUGCGAUUUCUGGAAUAAGAAAACCGAUGGAUCUGUCAUUGAAAGCGGAUCAAAUAAUCAUUUCUGGGGAGAACAUAAUCCAACUGAAGUAAUUGUUGCUAAUCCAUAUUGGGGAGAGCAAAACAACAGAUGUCCAUAUAAUCCUUUUACUCCUCCUACAUACCAUCCCCUUCCAUCUCCUUCAACUCCUCCUGCAACGAUGUAUAAAACUCCGGUAGGAACACCAUUCUUAUCACCAGUUGUAACACCUUAUAAUACACCAGUAGAUACCAUUGAUUCUACUCCUUUCGGUACUCCAUUUAAUACAUUUCAUGAAACUGCCAAAGAAACACCGAAUGAAACACCAUUAGUUACACCAUUUAUUACAUUUGAAAAUACUCCACAUGAUACACCAUUUUCAACUGUUGUUUUAACUCCAAAUUAUACUCCAUUUAAUACUUUCUCAGAAACAGCAAAAGAAACACAAUAUGAUACACCAUUCAACACAUUUAUAAAUACUCCUAAUGAUACUCCAUUAGUUACUCCAUUUUCUACGCCUUUCCAAACGAAUUUCAUGACAUUUGAUGAAACUCCUUUUAUAACAGCUCAUGAAACUCAUUUUGAAACUCCAUUCAGUACAUUAUCAUAUACACAAAUAGAAACACCAUAUAUUACACCUUAUGACACUCCAUAUUUAACCAAUUAUGAAACAAUCAAAGAAACAUUAAAAGAAACUACAUUUUUGACAGAAUUUGAAACACCUUUUGUUUCUCCUUUCCAAACAAUUGAAGAAACAUAUAAAGAAACACCAAGAGAAACUGUAUUUAUAACUCCUUUUGAUACUGUAUUUUUAACUCCAUUUAAUACACCAUAUGAAACUGUUUAUGAAACACCAUUUAUAACAAACCAUGAAACAAUCAAAGAAACAUCAAAAGAAACUCCAUUUGAUACACCUUUUAUUACAGUAUUUGAAACACCUUAUUUAACUUAUCAAGAAACAUAUAAAGAAACACCAUUUGAAACUGUAUUUGAUACACCUUUUGAUACAGUUUAUUUAACACCUUUUAAUACUCCAUUUGAUACUGUAUUUUUAACUCCUUUUAAUUCUCCUUUUGAAACUGUUUUCGAAACACCAUUUAUAACUAACCAUGAAACUGUUAAAGAAACUAACUUUGAAACACCAUUUAAUACAAUUGUUGAAACUCCUUUUGAUACUCCUUUUGUUACAAAUAUCAAAACACCUUAUGAAACACCAUAUUUAACUGAAUGUGAAACACCUUUUAUUACUAAUUUCCAAACAGAAAAAGAAACACCUUUUGAAACUGUUUUCGAAACACCAUUUUUAACUAAUCAUGAAACAGUUAAAGAAACAAAUUAUGAAACACCUUUUGAUACACCAUAUUUGACUGUAUUUGAAACACCUUAUAUAACUAAUUAUGAAACACCAUUUUUAACAAAUUAUGAAACACCAAUAGAAACUGUUUCUAAAACACCUUUUGAAACAUUUUUGAUGACAAAUAUUAUGACACAAAAAGAAACUCCAUUUGAAACACCAUUUUAUUCACUCAAAAUGACAAUGUUUGAGACACCUUUGAUGACAAUUUCUCAAACACCAUUUAAUACAGCAGUAGAAACAGUUUAUUCAACACCAAUUUUCACUGCAAAUAAAACACCAUUUAAUACAAUGUCGAUGACAUUGAAUCCAACAAAAACUCCAAAAGAAACAGCAUCACCAAGUAAAUCACCAACACCAGCUCCAUCAUUGGAUCCAGCAUUACUUGGAUGGGAGAAUCCAAUAGACCAUAUUUCUCCUUAUUCAUGGAUAGGUAUUGGUGUUUUGGCUUUAGUUGUUGUUUCGAUUAUUGUCGUUGUUGCAAUUUGUUUGAAGAGAAAACCAAAGGUAAUUGUACAUAGAUUGGAAGGAGCUUCUGAAUCAUCAACAAUUUAUGAAUAUACAGAAUCCAGCUAUGAAGAAAAUCAUGAGGAAGAAGAGCACGAAGUAAAUGAAGAAAAUGAAAGUUUAGUUUUGUUCUCUGAAAGAGAAUUAACUGUAGAAACUGGAGAAAAUUCUGUUUACACAAAUUCAAGGGAUUACGGAAAUCCACCAGAAAUUAUCUUCUCAGAUAAUUCUGAUUGCACCGAUUCCAAGCUUUCUAAUGAAUGCAAUGGAAUCAAAAACCAUAAUAUUAGUUUGCUUAUAUUAUAA